UUCCCCAAAGAGAAGCAACAGUGUUAGUAGAGGAAUCAUAGAGGGCAUCACGACAGAGACAAUGGAAAAAGUCCAUAAUACCACUCACGGAUCUGGUUGUUUUGAACAUUGUACACCUGCGGAACAAAACAGCACACCAACAUCUGCUGCGGUCAGCCGCCUCCUGAGAUUUGGAGCCGUGGCUCUUAUUGUUGGCACAGUGUUGAUGUUGUGUGCAUCCAUGGCUGCUCUCUACCUGUGGAAAGUCAGCGAUAAAAAUGUUUAUAAUGUGCGUUACAGUAUGAACAUCAAUGGGGAGGUGAGACAGGGCUCCGUGGAAAUUGAUUCAGACAACAACGUGGAGAGAUUUAAAAUGGGGAGUGGAGCUGAGGAAGCUGUGGAGAUUCAUGACUUUCAAAUAGGAAUAACUGGAAUCCGCUUCUUUGGAGGAGACAAGUGCUAUAUAAAAUCCCAAAUCAAAGCCAACCUUCCGCACAUGGGAGCUCAAAACAAAGAGUCGCUGAUGUUUGACCUGACAGAUGAAGCUAUUCCAGUGAGUUUUGACGAGAAGCUCCCCAUAUGGGUUUCUGCCGAGCAGCCGCUGAAGGACACCAGCUUUCUGAGCAACAAAAUUCGGGGUCUUUGCAGGGAACUUCCCAUUUACUGGCUCCAACCUGUAUAUCCUAAAGAUGGGGAGGAGAAAGGAAUACACCGACCAAACGGCAGUUUAAACAAGAAAGUUGAGGCACUGUGGGAGGGGAAACCCGUGAGUCCCAAAGAUACACCUCCGAGUGGGGGAAAGAAGGGGGGAGGGGGCACAGUCUGCUGCGGGUGGGGGUGCCGAGAGGAGGUCCCUCCUUUGACACCAGUUGACCCCAGGGGAUCUCUGUCAGAUGCCACGCAGCUACAUCCUGUCAGAAAAUUUGUGAGCCUCUGCGGGUUUUACGGCCAGGGCCCUACAACUACAGAGUUCCGGAAUAUGUUGAUACAGCAGUAG